AUGGAGAAUGAGGACAGCCCCAGUCCAAAGCGUCAGAGACUAUCUGGCCAAUCAGUGCUGGAUCUCUCCACGGUGGCCCCACCCUCCAACCCCUCUCCACCAAUGAGGCCGUGGGAGCUGCCCCACAGUCGCAGACCUCCCCCUAACCCCCACCCCCACUACCACCAGGAGCGCUGCCAUACACCUGUCAGACACAGACACAGUCCUCCAGCGCGUCGCCAGCGUGGCCGUCUCUCCCGUACCCCCCGUCACCACCCUCCUCCUCCUCCUCCCCACCACCCCUCCCCUCCUCCCCCCUCCAUCCGACUGGACCCCCAGGACCAAAGCUACCGCCACCACUACCCUCACCCCCACCAGAGCUACCCUCACCCCCCUCCUCCCCCCUACGGCCAGCCCCCAGCCCCUGCCGGAGGGGGCGUGGAGGAACCUCGAGCGUUCCACCCCCCCGCCCUGUCUCCACGGUUACUGCACCCCGCUGUCCAUCAUUCUCAUCAAGCGGCUCACCACCACACACAGCAGCAAGGAACCAUGGUCAUGGACCUACAUGAACAGGCCUCAGUCCCAGUCUCCUACACGGUGACUCCUGUCCCUUCUCAUCAUGGUCUGGUAACUCCUCUGUAUACAGGACAGCACCUCCCUCCUGUCUGCUCCUCUCAACAACAGAUCCCAGCCUGCAGUGUGGUCUUCAGUACAGGACAACACUACCACCCUAUGCUGGGGGCGUGUUCGGUGCAGCAUUUACCUGUACCCUACUCCUUUCCCUCCCUCCUCUCCAGUGAUCCCCCUUUCCUCCUCCCCCCUCCCCACCUCUCUCACCACCCCCCCCACCUCCCUCCACCUGGACACUUCCUUCCCUUCCCGACACAACAGUCCAGAUCGCCGUUGCAGAGGAUAGAGAACGAGGUGGAGCUGCUUGGAGAGCACCUGUCUGUGGGAGGGGGGUUCAACUACCCUCAUGGAGCACACCACCCCUCCUCCCUUCCCCCCUCCACACCCCUCCAGUUCCUGUCUCAUCACGACUCCCUGUCACAGGAGCUGUUCGGAGUGCCGUACCCCCACUUCAUGCCUCGGCGAAUCACAGGGCGUCGUUACCGCUCCCAGCAGACCGUGCCCCCGGCCCCCUACCACCCAGGCUUCCUGCCUUACUUCCUGUCGAUGCUUCCAGUGGUUCCUACAGUCGGUCCUACCAUCAGUCUAGAGUUAGAUGUGGAUGAUGGAGAGGUAGAGAACUAUGAAGCCCUGUUGAACCUAGCAGAGCGUCUGGGCGAGGCCAAACCCAGAGGACUGACCAAGGCUGACAUAGAACAGCUUCCCUCCUACCGCUUCAACCCCAACAACCACCAGUCAGAACAGACACUGUGCGUGGUGUGUAUGUGUGACUUUGAGUCCCGUCAGCUGCUAAGAGUCCUGCCCUGUAACCACGAGUUCCACACCAAGUGUGUUGACAAGUGGCUGAAGGCUAACAGAACGUGUCCUAUCUGUCGGGCGGACGCCUCCGAGGUCCAGCGGGAUUCUGAAUGACCUAUGACCCCCACAGAUCUAGGGUCUGCUCAGCCUCUCCACAUCCUAACCUGACGCAUUAGGGAAGGAAACGCAACGCAACAGACCUUAGAUCAGUGUCUGGGAGCGAUGUCCGUCCCCCCUCUCCUCCGCCAAGUGAACUCUUUAAGAAAUAGACUCUGCCUUCUUCCUAUGAUGAUGUUAUUCUAGUAAUGGCCUUUUGACUGACACACACACACACACACACACACACGUAUGUACGAGGGGCAGUUGGACUUUUCCCCCUUUGUACUGUCUUACCUUCCUGCGUGAUGAUUGGAUUUGUCUUCUGAACGCUGUGGAGACACUCAGUUGGACUGUGUUGUUGUCCUGACUAACCCAGUGGAGAAUAUGGAAGCCCAAAGAUUCUGACUAUUAUGACAUCAUCGUUGUUAUUGCUAUUGUUAAUAUUCUGUUCGUGAUGAAUCAUUCAGAACCUGGAUUGAGAUGUGUUUUCACUAGUGGGGUUAUUAUGGUUUAUAAAGGCGCUUUUUCUUCAUUUACCUUUUUAAAGUGUGUGUGUGUGUGUGUGCUGUUGUACUCCUACAAAACACAUCUACAAUGUGUGUCCAACUGAAAUCUAGAGAGAAUGGAGGACAGUACAAUCUUUACAUUGUUGUUAGUAUUGGUUUAAGAUCUGGGUAGAGGAAGGUGUGCAGAAAUACAGUGUUGUCAGUAAUCGGGAAAGUGUGUGUAUUAUUUAUGCAGUGCAGUACACUGGCCUCCUGCUCACACUGCCGUUUCCGCUCUGAUUGGUCCAUGCUGUGCACUGAGACAGGAAGUGUUUCAUGAGGAAGGGGAGGGGCUUCCAGGGAGGAGAAGGGCAACAGAACCAGGGUAGUUGAGGAGGAUGGGGCGGGCCUUCUCCCUCAUCACUGCUGUCUCUGUAUCACUGUCUCUUUUUCCUCUCCCAGUCCACCCCCCCCCUCUCUCUCUCUCCCAGUCCAUCCCCCCCCCUCUCUCUCUCCCAGUCCAUCCCCCUCUCUCUCUCUCUCUCUCUCUCUCCUUUUCUGUUCACUCACUCCAUGUUUCAGAGAGAUGGAUCAGCCUCCGUUAUCUCAGCUUACUCACGCUGAAUGCACACCCCCACGCAGCAAAGGAGUGUGUGCGCUGAUAUGAAUCGAUGCUAAACGUCCGACAUUUGUUUUAUUGGUCAGUUACUUAGGAAGAAAUAUGAUAGUGGUCAAAUCUGAAGUGAAACCAUAUUCUAGCAUAUCUGUAUCUAUAUAUUGGUUCCAAGACCAAAAGUAAUGAACUAUCUGGAGAAUAGGGGUGUCAUUUUGAGAUACAACCAACGUUGUUCACUGGUCGUUCAGAUCACAUUGAGAAGGUGAGAUUAUCUGAAGUAUAGUUUUAAGGCACAUAAUGAUGAUGAUUUUAGUGUGGUAGCAUCACAGUUAGGGUUUAACUCCUUGGUAAAAAGGGACAUAUGUUUAGCCUGUCGACCACGAGUGAGAAAGAUCAGUGCCUGGUUUCACUCAUUCGUUCACAACCACAAUGACUCUUCUAUUCAGUCUCCAUUCAUCCCCUCUUCCUCCUCUAGGAUGCUUCUCACCCCCCCCCUCUUUCUCUCUGUCCCUUCUUCACCCCCCCCCCCCCCCUGUUUUCCACUGUGUCCUCUGUCUACCCAGUGUCUUUAGAAGUAGUCCUUAACUGCUGUCAUAAGCCCUACAUAAGGCUGUCUUAACAUGCACAAUGUCACCCUAUGUCAAGUUUAUGUCCUGGCUUGGCUUCCUACUGCCCUUCACCCACACGGUGUCACGAUUCAUGUUCUAUGUCAGGCUCACAGCAACCUUAUGUAGGCCUUACGACAGUCUUAUGUAGGCCUUACGACAGCUAGCAGAAGGGACAGGUUUAUUAAACCAUGUCAGCCAGGCACCUGCAGUGUCUUAAUAUGUAAGAGAUGCCUUUUAAAAGCCAGAUUUACCCUCCUUAAAGCCAUGUCACCAAUAGGUGGGUUAAUGACCUUUUAGAUCAGCGUUUAGCUGGGACAAGGUCUUCACCCUACAUGUUUCAAAUAAACCAUUCUCUCCAGUGUCCAAUGUUGUCAUUGUCAGCACGGCGUUUUAAAGGCAAAAAAGUAAAUAGUUAUUGGCCGUAGCCGUGGCAACGGGGUUUGAAAAAGCUUCCGUUUUCCUGGUUUUGUUUCCUGGUUUUAAAGGUGUUAUACUGUCGUCAUGGCGUCCAUUUUGUGUCAUAGGAUUCUAAUUAUUGUUAUUGUUUCUCCUGCUUGGUACACUACUAGCAGUUACCUCAUUGUCUCCUGAUGUAUAUUCACAUAAGAAUAUAGGACAUUGUUUAUUUUUUCCUCUUGCUAUUUGUCGUUGGGUUGUUUUUAAUACAAAGUGUUUUAUCAUUUAUUAAUAACAUGACGUCGGUAGCUUUCUUCUUCAUAAUGUAUCAUAUCUGUAACCAAAAUCAUUUGAAGGCUUGAUAUUGCAAAUUUUUAACAAACAUUUGUACAUUUUUAAUGAGAGUUAUUACUAGUAAGGCGUUACUAAGUGGUGAAAUGAAUUGUUAUUUUUAAUCCCUGUCCCCAGUCUUUUUGGAUUUCAAAGGCUGGUUCUAUAAUAAAUGUAGAAUUGCCAACUCAUGGACUGUU